UCUUUUACACCAACUUUCAACAAAACUUCACUUCCUACAAUCUUUUUUAACAAACAAAUUAACACUGACGUACGCCUGGAAAAAUGCAAAAACAUAUCGCCAAAUAUUCGUGAAAGUGUACUUGAAAACAGCAGAAAACAAGUUAAAAAAGGCAGUGAUCUGGYCGCGUCUAGUUUCCGUAGAUGAACAUGAGUUUUGGAAAACAUAAAGACUGGACGACAACAAUGCGCGAGGCAAGAACUCGAUCUGUACCCCUAAACUUGCCAUCUAAUCUCAAGGAAUAUUUUAAAAACUCGCAAAAACAACACAGAAGUUCCAGCGCCAACUCGGAAGCUGAAGAACGCCAUAGGUAUCACAAUCCGCACGGAUCAAGCUACCGGGCUGAGAACGGAAGACUAAGAGACAGGAGGAGGGAAGCGCUUGUACAUGUUAGCAGAAAUAAUCCUCAUCCAUUUAGGAUUCACUUCCCUUUCCAAACAGGAGAUAGACUUAGUACAUAUAUGGUAUGGUUACCAAUGGACACCGCACAAGUCGAUAACACGCCAUCACUACCAAACAUACACAAACACAAUCCAAACCAAUCCCGUGCACUUCCACUAGGACCUACUACAAAAUACCACACCUCCAGUAAUAACAAACGUGAAUCGUAUGAGAAUCCAACCACACCCGUAUCUACUUAUCAGGCGGAGAUUUCCAGUAUGGCUGUACUCAGGAAUCGAGUGAUGGUUGAUCAUUUUCCUGACCUGACCAAAAGAAGGAGUCUCAUUCAUGCAGCAUACUGAAGAAUGAUCGCCUUAACAUGCGAGGCAAACCUGUGUGGAAGACUAUUUAAAAAUUCAUGAAAGUCAGAUAAGCUAGUUGGAAAAUAUUAUAAUUUGACAAAGAAACAGAUUUUAAUUGUUUUUUUWAAUGUUUCAUAGCAAAUGUUCUAUUACAAAACCUCACUGGCCUAUCUAUUAGCAUUUCUUAUGUGCUAUGAGAAUGGAAAGCUGUUUCAUGUAUUACUGUAGAGUGCCCAUGAAAAAUUGUAAAAUUGCUGAAUAUACAAGGGUAAUACUCUCAAGCCUCAGGAUCAGUGAGACAAGAAAAAAAAAAGCCUUUAAGUAGGGGGAUAGGAAGUUGUUUAUUUUCUGCCAGUAUUUUUCGAGUAGUUUGUUUGUGUGUGUUGAAGUUAAUAUUACUUAAACAUAUACUUUGAUAAAACAAUAAAUAUAAUUUGGUUUUCUUUUGUUGUCUUAAUAAAUAAAGAUAUCACAUUCUUGCAAAGGAUAGAGCGAGCACAAGCUUGCAAAGGCUUUUGAAGCUUUUCACCACUUUCCAUACAAUUUGGUUUAAUGGCCAAACACAAAUUCAAUCUAAUACACCUUCUCAGAAGUAUUGUGGAUGCAAGGCUAACAUACAAAUACAAAAGAAAUCACACUUUUUCUCAGUGAAAUUUUUGGCAUUUCUUUUGUAUUUUUAUGAUAGCUUCGCAUUCAAGACAUUUUUAAGAAGGGGCUAUUUUAAAGGUUAAUUCAAAGCUCUGUAGCUUUGAUCUUAAUGCUUUGUGUUUGACCAAUCAACUCAGAAUGUAUGGACAUUAGAUAAUACCAAUUUAAAUAAUAAUUUAUUCUAUCAUUUCAACAUCCGUCAAAAUGGUGGGUAUUUACCUCAGUCAGUCAAUUUUUACACUUAUUUCCAUUAAAGUGCAUUUUACCAUUAUUUGUUAUUUCUUUUUGUUGCCAAGAUAUUCAAAUAUAAGAAAUCACAAAAUGAUGUAUCUAGUAAAAAGUCAAAUCAUCAAAUGRAGGACAACUCUGUGAGAAUUAGCUCAACAUGAAUGAAAAUAAAAGAGAAGAGAUAACUAGCUAAAAUCUAGUGUGAGCAGUGUCUGUGUUUCAAAUGAAACAGUAAUGAUGAAAAGGUAAAUUAUACACCGUGAAAAAGAUGAAAAAACUUACUGACGUUUCAGAUGCUAGUCCUUCGUCAGAGUCAAAUUAAUGAGUCGUUAUAGUACAGGCAAAUGCUUGAUGGUGUUGCCAUGGGAACACCCUCAGACCCAGGCUAUUUUCAAGAUAAACAAAAAUCCUGAAUCCUUUUUUCUAGGAUUGAUAUCUUUACUCCUUAUAAUAUUAAUUCAGCUCUUAUCUGGCUUGAGAUAAAAUUAAGUUAAAAAUUGAAAUUUCGUUUUCCCUCUUAAAAUGGCUUGGACUAAGGGUGUUUCCAUGGCAACACCAUGAAACACAUCAAACUGACUGCUUUACCAUAUACUGAGCCUUCGAUUUUUUGGUGAGAAGGGUCUGGGUACAAGAAUGUACUAGGUCACUAUCAUGAUGUCAUCAUUUUGUAAUUUUCUAUAUUGAAUAUCUCAGCAAUGAAAAGAAAUAUCAAACAAUAGUAGUUUUAUAUGCACUUAACACAAGCAGAAGCAUAUUACGAAUGUUAAAAAGUGGAUUUGAAUGUCAAUCAUUCAAAGAAAUGUUGUUCCCUAAUGUGAUUGACACCCAAUAAAAACUGUUUUAUUACAUCUUGAUGCUGUUAAUAUCAUUAAAAACAAGUUUAAAUUAAAUAAAAUAUUUUUACCUUUUUUUCAGAUAUCAAAGGUAAUUUCUUAUAAUAAAACUGUGGAAACUCUUUCAGUACAAAUUAGUAAUUAUUGAUAAUCAUAAUUAAUUGUGUUUGAAUGUAUUAUAGUCUAUUUACCGGCCUCCCAUUCAUCAACUCUGAAAUAUCAUACAUUUUACUCAUUUGUAUCAACAUUCAUUCACAGAUUUCUCAUUGCUAUUGUAGAAGUAUAAUUUAUAAAAAUAUCU